CAAAUGACAUUCUGAGGGAGCGCCCGAAGCGGCGCGGCGGCGGCAGUGGUUUCAGGAGCGGCGGGCUUGUCCUCCUUCCCAAAAUGUCGGCUCUGGCCGUGGCUACGGCGGCCGCCGCCACUGCAGCAGCGGUGACGGCGGCCCGCUCGGAGAAACCCAGCAGCCCCGGAGCCUCGCGGGGCUUCUACUUCAACACGGUGCUGUCCCUCGCCCGCUCGCUGGCCGUCCAGAGACCCGCGCCGCUGGAGAAGGUACAAAAACUGCUCUGCAUGUGCCCAGUAGAUAUCCAUGGGAUCUUUCAGCUGGAUGAACGUCGCAGAGAUGCUGUGAUUGCCUUGGGAAUUUUUCUAAUUGAGUCUGACCUGCAGCAUAAAGAUACUCUUGUUCCGUAUCUUCUCCGGCUCUUGAGAGGCAUUCCUAAAGUGCAAUGGAUAGAAGAAAGCAAUUCACGGAAAAGCCGAGGCAUGCUUCCAAUUGCAGAAAACUUCAGCUUCUGCUUGGUGACCUUAUUGUCAGAUGUGGCUUACAGGGAUGCAUCUCUGAGAGAACAGGUUAUAGAGGCAAUAUUACAAGUGAUGCAAGUGCUGCUGGGAAUGUGCCAAUCUCCACAGAUCCAGGACAAAGAAUAUUUAUGCAGAUAUGCUGUGCCAUGCCUCAUUGGAAUUUCUCGAGCCUUUGGACGCUACAGCAACUCGGAAGAAUCUCUCCUGUCCAAACUUUUUCCUAAAAUUACUCCACAUUCCCUUCGAGCCCCCAAUGAGCUGGAUGGUAUUCGAAGACGCUCUUUUAAUGACUUCAGGUCAAUACUUCCAAACUCUUUACUCACGGUCUGUCAGGAAGGAUCUUUAAAGAGAAAGACCAGCAGCGUAUCCAGCAUCACACAGGUCAGUCCAGAGCGUGGAAUUCCUCCACCCAGUUCUCCUGGAGGUACUGCUGUACAGUACUUCGAAGGGUCCUACCUGCCUGAUGGGAGUGCAGUAGAUCCAGAGUAUUACUUCUCCACGAUCAGCUCCAGCUUCUCUGUUUCUCCGCUCUUUAAUGGCAUUAGCAACAAAGAGUUCAGCAUUCCACUAGAAAUGCUCCGCCAGCUGCUCAACAUGGUUAAACAGAUUGUUGGAGAUUCUGUUCUGAAAACCUUAGAUGCAGUAGUCACUGAGCUUAUUGAGGUAAAUCCCCACACCGAACUGUUCUACAAAAUGUUCAGCGAUCCUCUGUAUGUAGCCCAGUUCAAGAUGCUGAGAGACACGUUGUAUUACAUGAAAGAUCUCCCAAACUCCUUUGUGAAGGAAAUUCAUGAUUUUGUGCUGGAACAGUUCAACAGCAGCCAGGCAGAGCUCCAGAAACUCCUUCAUGAUGUUGACAGAUUGCACAAUGAGCUGAAUCCACUGAAGUUACGUUGCCAAGCUAACGCAGCCUGCGUAGAUCUCAUGGUGUGGGCUGUGAAAGAUGAACAAGGUGCAGAAAACCUGUGCAUCAAGCUGUCGGAAAAGCUGCAGUCCAAGACCUCCAGCAAAGUGAUCAUCGCUCAUUUGCCUCUUCUGAUCUGCUGCUUACAGGGUCUCGGCCGCUUGUGUGAGAGAUUCCCUGUGGUGGUUCAUUCUGUCACUCCAUCCUUGAGAGACUUUCUUGUGAUCCCUUCUCCAGUCCUGGUGAAACUUUACAAGUAUCAUAACCAAUACCAAACAGGAGGAAAUGACAUCAAGAUUAGCAUAACAAAUGAGCAUGCAGAGUCCACUGUAAGUGUGAUGUCAGGCAAGAAGAGUCAGACCUCCAUGUAUGAACAACUUCGAGACAUUGCAAUAGAUAACAUCUGCAGAUGCUUGAAAGCUGGCCUAACAAUAGACCCAGUCAUUGUUGAAGCUUUCUUGGCUAGCUUGUCUAACCGCCUCUACAUUUCACAAGAGAGUGACAAGGAAGCCCAUCUUAUCCCGGAUCACACAAUCCGUGCAUUGGGGCACAUUGCGGUGGCACUGAGGGACACGCCCAAAGUGAUGGAGCCAAUUCUUCAGAUCCUACAGCAGAAGUUCUGCCAACCACCGUCUCCUCUUGACGUGCUCAUCAUUGACCAGCUGGGCUGCUUAGUUAUCACUGGAAACCAAUAUAUUUACCAGGAAGUAUGGAAUCUGUUUCAGCAGAUCAGUGUGAAAGCAAGCUCAAUUGUAUACUCUGCAACUAAAGACUAUAAGGAUCAUGGAUACAGACACUGUUCCUUAGCUGUUAUUAAUGCCUUGGCUAACAUAGCUGCAAAUAUACAGGAUGAACAUCUUGUAGAUGAAUUGCUGAUGAACUUGCUGGAACUGUUUGUACAACUUGGGCUUGAAGGAAAGCGAGCUAGCGAGAGAGCAAGUGAGAAAGGCCCAGCAUUGAAGGCAUCAAGCAGUGCAGGGAACCUGGGAGUACUGAUUCCUGUUAUUGCUGUGCUCACAAGACGCUUGCCACCCAUCAAGGAAGCUAAGCCCAGGUUGCAGAAGCUCUUCCGUGACUUCUGGCUGUAUUCGGUGCUCAUGGGAUUUGCUGUGGAAGGCUCAGGUCUUUGGCCAGAAGAAUGGUAUGAGGGUGUCUGUGAGAUAGCAACCAAGUCACCGCUCCUGACAUUUCCUAGCAAAGAGCCCCUUCGCUCUGUUCUUCAGUACAACUCUGCCAUGAAAAAUGACACUGUCACAUCUGCUGAACUGAGUGAGUUAAGAAGCACAAUCAUAAAUCUUUUGGAUCCACCUCCAGAGGUGUCAGCCUUGAUCAAUAAGUUAGAUUUUGCCAUGUCUACCUACCUGCUUUCUGUGUACCGUCUAGAAUGCAUGAGGGUAUUGCGUUCAACAGACCCAGAUCGCUUCCAAGUGAUGUUUUGCUACUUUGAGGACAAAGCUAUUCAAAAAGAUAAAUCAGGUAUGAUGCAGUGUGUAAUAGCAGUUGCAGACAAAGUGUUUGAAGCUUUCCUCAGCAUGAUGGCUGACAAACCUAAAACAAAAGAAAAUGAAGAAGAGCUAGAGAGGCACGCUCAGUUCUUGCUGGUGAAUUUUAACCACAUUCAUAAGAGGAUCAGACGUGUUGCAGACAAAUAUUUAUCAGGCCUUGUAGAUAAGUUUCCUCACUUACUGUGGAGUGGAACUGUACUAAAAACCAUGUUAGAUAUCCUCCAGACUCUCUCACUAUCUUUGAGUGCAGACAUUCACAAGGACCAACCGUAUUAUGACAUUCCAGAUGCUCCUUAUAGAAUUACUGUUCCUGAUACAUAUGAAGCUAGAGAGAGUAUCGUAAAAGAUUUUGCUGCACGCUGUGGAAUGAUUCUCCAAGAAGCCAUGAAAUGGGCGCCCUCAGUCACCAAAUCUCACUUGCAGGAAUAUUUAAAUAAGCAUCAGAACUGGGUGUCAGGCUUGUCACAGCACACUGGGCUCGCGAUGGCUACGGAAAGCAUUCUUCACUUUGCAGGCUACAACAGGCAGAACACAACACUGGGGACAACCCAGUUAACGGAAAGGCCUGCCUGUGUGAAGAAAGAUUACUCCAACUUCAUGGCUUCUCUUAACUUGCGCAACCGCUAUGCUGGAGAAGUCGCUGGGAUGAUUCACUACUGCAAUGCCACAGGUCAUGUUUCAGAUCUUAAUAAGCUAAUGAUCAAACACCUCAAUGAUGCAUUGGAACCAGGCCGACCGGAGCACUACACUCAAGCCAUGUUCAAGUUGACUGCGUUGCUCAUCAGUAGCAGAGAUACUGAUCCGCAGCUACUUCAUCACCUGUGUUGGGGCCCUCUGCGAAUGUUUACCGAGCAUGGCAUGGAAACAGCCAUUGCUUGCUGGGAAUGGUUGCUUGCUGCUAAGAAUGGAAUAGAAGUGCCGUUCAUGCGUGAAAUGUCCGGAGCCUGGCAAAUGACAGUGGAACAGAAAUUUGGUCUGUUCUCUGCAGAACGGAAAGAAGCAGAUCCCUUAGCUGCUUCAGAAGAGAGUCAGCCUAAGCCAUGUCCACCAGAAGUCACACCACAUUACGUCUGGAUAGAGUUCUUGGUGCAGAGGUUUGAAAUUGCAAAAUACUGCAGCUCUGACCAAGUGGAAAUCUUCUCCAGCUUACUCCAGCGAUCCCUUUCUCUGAACAUUGGAGGAUCAAAGGGCAGCAUGAACCGACAUGUGGCAGCUAUUGGGCCACGUUUCAAGCUGCUGACACUGGGGCUGUCGCUGCUUCAUGCUGAUGUGGUUCCAAAUGCAACAAUUCGCAAUGUCUUGAGAGAGAAGAUUUAUUCAACUGCUUUUGAUUACUUCAGUUCUGCCCCAAAGUGUCCGACCCAAGGUGAGAAGAGACUGCGCGAGGACAUCAUCAUACUAAUCAAGUUUUGGACUGCGAUGUUCUCUGACAAGAAGUACUUAACAGCCAGCCAGCUUGUGCCUCCUGAUAAUCAAGACACACGGAGCAACCUGGACAUCACUGUUGGAUCUCGUCAGCAAGCCACACAGGGCUGGAUAAAUACCUAUCCUUUGUCCAGUGGCAUGUCAACUAUCUCCAAAAAGUCAGGGAUGUCCAAGAAGACCAAUAGAGGUACCCAGCUACACAAAUACUACAUGAAAAGGAGAACAUUGCUGCUAUCACUGCUGGCCACUGAGAUUGAACGCCUCAUCACAUGGUACAACCCCCUCUCAUCCCCGGAGUUGGAGUUAGAUCAAACUGGAGAGAAUAGUGUUGCAAACUGGAGGUCGAAGUACAUCAGUCUGAGUGAGAAGCAGUGGAAAGAUAAUGUGAACUUGGCAUGGAGUAUUUCUCCUCACUUAGCUGUCCAGCUGCCCACCAGGUUUAAAAACACUGAAGCCAUAGGAAUGGAAGUAACUCGCCUGGUUCGCUUGGACCCAGGAGCAGUUAGUGAUGUGCCUGAGGCAAUCAAGUAUCUUGUCACAUGGCACACAAUAGAUGCGGAUGCUCCUGAACUCAGUCACAUCCUAUGCUGGACUCCUACAGACCCCCCAACGGGCCUUUCAUAUUUUUCCAGCAUGUAUCCACCACAUCCUUUGACAGCUCAGUAUGGAGUUAAAGUCCUCCGAUCUUUCCCUCCGGAUGCCAUUUUAUUUUACAUUCCACAGAUUGUACAGGCACUUAGAUAUGAUAAGAUGGGCUACGUGAGGGAAUACAUCUUGUGGGCAGCUGCCAAAUCCCAACUACUGGCUCACCAGUUCAUUUGGAAUAUGAAAACCAAUAUCUUCUUGGAUGAAGAAGGGCACCAGAAAGACCCUGACAUUGGGGAGCUUCUGGAACAGCUGGUUGAGGAGAUCACAGGCUCCUUAUCUGGGCCAGCAAAGGAAUUUUACCAACGUGAAUUUGAUUUCUUCAAUAAAAUCACCAAUGUUUCAGCCAUCAUCAAGCCUUACCCAAAAGGUGACGAAAGGAAGAAGGCUUGUUUGAGUGCUUUGUCCGAGGUGAAAGUGCAGCCUGGUUGCUAUUUGCCUAGCAAUCCUGAAGCGAUUGUUUUGGACAUAGACUACAAGUCAGGAACUCCGAUGCAAAGUGCAGCAAAAGCACCCUACUUGGCCAAGUUUAAAGUGAAGCGGUGUGGAGUCAGUGAACUUGAAAAGGAAGGUCUGCGUUGUCGAUCAGACUCCAUUGAUGAAAGUGGGGAAGAUGGAGUAGAAAGCAAGAAGAUCUGCUGGCAAGCAGCUAUCUUUAAAGUUGGCGAUGACUGCAGACAGGACAUGCUGGCCCUGCAAAUCAUUGAUCUUUUCAAGAACAUCUUUCAGCUGGUGGGCCUUGACCUGUACGUCUUUCCCUACAGGGUAGUGGCCACAGCCCCAGGGUGUGGUGUCAUCGAAUGCAUUCCUGACUGUACAUCUCGGGACCAGUUGGGCAGGCAAACCGACUUUGGGAUGUACGACUACUUUACAAGGCAGUAUGGGGAUGAAUCCACUCUGGCUUUCCAAAAGGCUCGCUACAACUUCAUCCGCAGCAUGGCAGCCUAUAGCCUUCUGUUGUUUCUGCUCCAGAUUAAAGACAGGCAUAAUGGCAACAUCAUGCUGGACAAACACGGGCAUCUCAUUCAUAUUGAUUUUGGUUUCAUGUUUGAAAGCUCACCUGGUGGCAAUCUGGGUUGGGAACCAGACAUCAAGCUGACCGAUGAGAUGGUGAUGAUCAUGGGAGGGAAAAUGGAGGCAACACCUUUCAAGUGGUUCAUGGAGAUGUGCGUCAGGGGGUACCUGGCAGUCAGGCCUUACAUGGAUGCUGUGGUCUCUCUGGUUACAUUGAUGCUGGACACAGGGCUGCCUUGUUUCCGAGGACAGACAAUCAAACUGUUAAAGAACAGAUUCAGCCCCAACAUGACCGAGCGAGAAGCAGCAAACUUCAUCAUAAAGAUAAUUCAGAGCUGCUUCCUCAGCAAUAGGAGCAAGACCUAUGACAUGAUCCAGUACUACCAGAACGAUAUUCCUUACUGAAGCAACCAGGAUCUUCCCAUGGGUGAGGAGAAGCUUGUGAUGGCCCCGAUCCCUUUGCCUUCGUUCCAGCCUAGAAACGUGAACCCUGAUGUCACAAUGUACUGCCUUCAAACAAUCCUGUGCGCGCACGUGUGCAUGCGAAUAUGGGUGUACCCAUUUUACCAGACCUCAGAACAAUCAACAAGGUCUUAACUAGUUCCUUUUUCCUCUUUGCUGGGAUGUUUGUGUUCCUCAAUUACAUAGGAAAUAGCUGCAAUCACAGCUCCAAUUGCAACCGUGAAUGUGUGCAAAGGAGCCGGAUAAGUUGUCAUGCAAGGCAAGGAUUUUCCUAGGAAAUGAGACCCCUUCAAAAGUCUACCCUGUAGACUUGGGUGGAAAUGGGGUGCUCUGGAGACCCCAUUCAGAGCAAAGAGGAAGUAUUGAAUUGCUCUGUUGAAUGCUGUAGAUUGUAAUGAUAAAAAAAAUUGUCCAUAGGUGAGGAUGUCUGUGUUAAUAUAUUGUUUUUUGCACUGUAAAUCGUUCCCGCUCCACUGUCAGUAUUUCGUACAUACACGAAGAAUGUAUUUUCCCCCCUUUUGUGUGGUUUUCAAAGAGAGAAACUCUACUGAAGAUAGAUAUAUUUAAUCUAAAAAUGGAAUUAAAAGACCUUAGUAUA